AUGCCUCCUAAUAUGCCUUUCGCCGAUACGGCUUCCAGUGGCAGUUCGACGCCGCGUUCUUCUCAGUCAUCCUUCAGUGACCAGUCCAAUACAACAUCAUCGUCUACGCCACCGAGGCCUCAACGAUCGAGCCUGAAGCCUAGCCUGAAAUCAUCCGACGCGGUGACCAUGGCAUCUAGCAGGAGGUCUUCCCCACCUGCGGUACGCUUCGCAGAACCAGAUCCGUUAGCCAAGUCAAAGACCUGGCCGAGAGCAAGACCAAAAACUAUACAGCUACCGGAACCCCUGAUCAACAAAAUAGCAAACUCUUCGAAGAAGGCCCAAUACCAUCACAUACCAUCAUUUACCAGUCCGACCGCAACCUUGAUGGAUCAGAUCGAUAACUUUCAAGCAUGGGGAACACCAAAGUCGCCAAAUUUUCAACGUCCUGACUCUCUCCCGUUGUCUCGAAGUGGAUCUUUCAAAGUCAUGAGGAAGCGGGUGAGCAGCCUCACGAUCAAGUCAACUUUACCCCAAGAAUCGGACACGAGAUGGACUGGAAUACCAUUACCGGCUCAUUAUAAACCCCCAACUCUAAGCCCGAGAUCCCGAGUAGUUUCCUACCAGUCCAUCUUGUCCGCCAACUCACGUAUGUCCACGCAAUCCACCCCAGCAGCCAUGGAACCGUCGCCACCCUGUAGUCCUCCACCAGGCCGAUACAACCCCCUCGAUCAUUAUAUACCUUGCUUGUAUCCCUCAUGCACCUUGCAUUACACACCUGCCCACACAGGAUCGAACUACUACCUCCCCCAGGGCCCAUACGACUUGGCUCGUCUUCACGGCUAUUGCCCGCGCCAUGCUAGCCAAGAGUUGAAGGAGGCCAAUACAGCAUGCAAGCAUGCAUACGAGACGUUACGCCAGAGUGCCGGGCGUAAGACCCUUAAUGUCAUAGCCGCAGAGUUCGAGAUAUUCAAAGAGGGCUUUCGCCGUGAUCGCAGAAGCAAAGAUGCUGCGCUAGUACGGGAGCACAAGCAAAGAGUGUUGGGCGCCCCUCCGGUGCCCCUAAACCAGAAAAGCAGCGAUGAAAGAGCCAAACCUGGGGUCCAAGAAGAAGUAUGGGAUUGGCGAUACACACUCCGUCCUUGCACGUCUUCACACUGCAAGGCCUACUACACACCGUACUCCAACCAUUACAUCUACUACCGCACACCGUUUCCCGGUACCUCGUUUCUGCCGCAAGAGACUCUUUGCUCGGCCUGCGCGCAGACGGAGGUCGAAGGCUUUGCGAACAAGGUCAAAGAGAAGUGGGGAAGCAGGUGCGGCUGGGAUCAUCAGGAGUGGCAUGAGUGGUAUACCAACGCCUGUAACGAUCGUAACAUGGAACAGGACUACUGGCUCAGAGCACAGGAGAGAGCUGUCCGGGAGAGAGGGCCUGCAAAGUGGGUGGGCAGGCUGGAGGAGGCCGUCGUAGUGGAAGAGGAGGUUGACGAGUUGAAGAAGGGGAGGAAGAGCUUGAUGAGAAAAUGGUUUGGAAGUAUGUCUGCGUGA